AUACAUAGAUUACUAACAGCUCAGCUCACCUCUCUCUCUGUCACUCGCUUAGACCAAUUGGAAGAAAAGGAAAUUAAGGAAAGGAAAGGACCUCCUCCUUCCUCCUCCUCUUCUUCUUCUGCUACACCUUUCUCUGCUUUCUUUUUUUAUUUUUUUUUGUCUCUGUCUUUCAUUUGAUUAUUAUAGCCUUUGCGGCUUUCUCUAUCGCUUCUAGCUGUAGAGAUUCCUCUUUGCCCCAUCCCCUUCCUCCUCUUCGUCUUGGUUGGUUUUUUAUGUGUGUCCUCACUCCCCACGGGUAGAGAGAGGAACAGGGCAACCCAUAAAACAAACAGAACAAGGGAGACUCUGUUUGGAGCAAGAAAAUGGCGAUGAGCGUCGUCGGCCCAUUCUUUGGAAUACUGCGGCUCCUCACUUGCUCGGUGCUUCUCCUUCCUGUUGUCGUUAAGGCUUCAGAUGCUGAUCUGCCAAUCAUGCCCUUUGAGGAGGGCUACACCCAUCUCUUUGGGGACGACAACCUUGUCAUCCACAGGGAUGGUAAAACCGUCCAUUUGACUCUAGAUGAAAGCACAGGGUCAGGGUUUGUGUCUCAGGAUCUUUACUUGCAUGGUUUCUUCAGUGCUUCCAUCAAGCUGCCUGCAGAUUACACGGCCGGAGUUGUCGUUGCCUUCUAUAUGUCGAAUGGGGAUACAUACGAGAGAAACCAUGACGAAAUCGAUUUCGAGUUCUUGGGCAACAUAAGAGGGAAAGAUUGGAGAAUCCAGACUAACAUUUAUGGGAACGGGAGCACUAGCGCCGGCAGAGAAGAGAGAUACAGCCUCUGGUUUGAUCCGGCUGAAGAUUUUCACCAGUACAGCAUCCUCUGGACUGACUCUCAGAUCAUAUUUUAUGUAGACAAUGUCCCCAUAAGAGAGGUGAAGAGAACUGAAGCGAUGGGCGGGGAUUUCCCCUCCAAGCCGAUGUCUCUCUAUGUGACGAUAUGGGAUGGCUCUGACUGGGCCACCAAUGGUGGGAAAUACCGUGUCAACUACAAGUAUGCUCCCUACGUGGCUGAGUUCUCGGGCCUCGUCCUCCACGGCUGCACGGUUGAUCCAAUCGAGCGGCUCUCGAGGUGUGACCAAGACGUGAGCUUCAGACUCAUCCCUACAGGCAUCUCCUCGAAGCAGAGGAACCAGAUGGGAGGUAUUCGGAAGAAGCACAUGACAUACUCAUACUGCUAUGACCAGGCAAGGUACAAGGUUCCGCCACCAGAGUGUGUAAUGAGUCCAAAGGAGGCUGAGCAUCUUCGGGUAUUUGACCCGGUAACAUUCGGUGGAAGUAGAAGGCCACGUUCCAGUCGUCACCACCGAGCCAGGGCUAGCAGGGUUGAUGCCGCUACCUCCAUGUAAGAGGACCUAGGUGACACUCUCGGAUACUUUGAUUGAGCUUGGUUGAUCCACUUUGUUUUUUGCCCCUUUGUUUCGUGCCUGUGAAUAGAAAGUGAUACAAACAGAGAGAGAGAGAGAGGAUUGAACGUUCAUUUGUGGGGAGUAUCAUAAUGUUGGGAUGGUCAUGAUGGGUAUGGUUGUAUAGCUUCAGAUAGGUCUUGCACCCCAUUUUGUGGUACGUACUGAUUUGGUCAUUUUGUGAUUGUUUCAUGUACUUCUCUGUAAGGACACCUCAUGGGUUCUAAUAAAUGCUUUUUUCCAUAUA